AUGCAGGUCUACUCUAUUAAAGUUGUAGAAACCGCAGAAACAGAAGGCUAUGCCCUUGAGUGGCCACUGAAGGUAUACGGUGUAGUCGCUGCACGAGAUGUUGUGGACUAUCGUCGCAACAUUCUCUUCCUUCGCACUAGGGAUGACUGCCAAAUCCUGACAAAACAGGAUCCUUUUCUGCACUUGACUGGCCCGUCUCGUGCAAUUAUUUCGGGGGACAUACUGGACAACACUCUUAUAAUUGAAGUACACCUAAGACUAAAGGACACGGUGGAGUCUGAAGAUAGAACAUUGAUCAGUAAAGCCUUUGUUUAUGAUGAAGAUGAUCUUGGCAGUGGUGAUAGUAUUUCUGAGCAUCUCCUCCAGGGCCUUUGUUCAAUAGAGUUACGCUAUGAGCAUAUUGAACAAUCACUUCAAGCCACUAUUCUCGGUAUCCGUGUUAUACAGGGCCCAUUGUGUUGUGGCAAUGGCAUCAAAGUCUUUUGCUCAGCACUACCUAAAGAUAAAACUCAAGACGGUGUUAAGUGCCCAUUCGAGUGUGUUUUGCUGCUUGGUUCACAAACUGGAACUGUGCCUGUGGGUGGCUAUCUAGAUCUGUCAAGGCAGGUUGUAUCAGUAAAAUUAAGAGGGGAGCUGAAAAUUCUCAUACAGGCUGAGGAAAUCAGCGGAAGUGUUGUCUUCAAAGCUGAAGACAGCAACAUAAGUCGAGAAAGGUGCCGGCUUGGUGAUUGUGAGGUCGAGAUAACCAUUGCUUGGUCCCUCCUUGUUGAAAGCCAGCAUGAUCUCUCGGUGAAGGGAUAUAUAGCGCCUUACGCAGAAGAAUUAAUUUCACCUAUGCCUAUCAUGAAGCUUUAUAGAAGUCGCUCGUUAAAGAUGGUUUAGCAUGCUCACCUGGGAGAAGGAUUCAUGCAUCUGACAUCUUGUGAAGUCUACCGUGAACUUGUUUGCUACUUGUUCCUGUACUAUGCUCGUUAUUUCUUUACUAUGGU